CAUGUGUAUCGGGGAGACAAAUCAUGUAUUCAAAGUUAUUAAAGUUCAGCUGAAUUCUACUGAGUUCAGCUCCAGCAUAUGAACUUUGAGUUGAGAGCGAUCGAUGAGUGUAGCAGAGAAGGUGGUGUGUGUAACCGGAGCAUCUGGUUUCAUUGCUUCAUGGCUCGUUAAGCUAUUACUCCAACGUGGCUACACUGUCAAGGCCACCGUUCGUGACCCAAAUGAUGCAAGGAAGACACAACAUUUGUUUUCACUUGAUGGAGCUAAGGAAAGACUUCAUUUGUUCAAAGCAGAGUUGGUGGAUGAAGGAUGCUUUGACUCUAUAGUAGAUGGAUGCCAUGGUGUAUUCCAUGCAGCAUCCCCUGUCUUCCUUUCAGCUGCUGAUCCACAGGCAGAAAUAAUUGGUCCGGCCAUCAAGGGCACACUUAAUGUUCUCAAGUCAUGUGCCAAAGUUGCUUCAAUCAAGAGAGUUGUCAUAACAUCUUCCAUGUCUUCAGUCGUACGCAAUGGAAAACCUUUGACUCCUGAUGUGGUUGUUGAUGAGACUUGGUUUUCAGAUCCACUUCUAUGUGAGGAAGGCAAGCUAUGGUAUAUGCUCUCGAAAACCUUAGCCGAGGAGGCUGCUUGGAGGUUUGCAAAAGACAAUGGAAUCGAUUUGAUUACAAUACAUCCAGGAAUGGUGUUUGGUCCUCUUUUACAGCCAGCUUUGAAUUCCUCAUCAGAGGUGAUUCUAAACCUCAUAAAAGGAGAACACUCUUUCCCAAGUUCAACUUGUACAUUUGUUGAUGUUCGAGAUGUUGCACAUGCACAUAUUCAAGCAUUCGAGGAUCCUUCUGCUUGUGGCAGAUAUUGCCUAGUGGAAAGAAGUGUACCAUAUUCUGAGGUUCAGAAAAUGUUGUAUGAACUUUACCCUACUCUACAAAUGAAUGAAACAUAUGAAGAUCAUAACAAGCCUCCUGAGCAAACUUAUCAGGUAUCCAAGGAGAAAGCAAAAAGUUUGGUUGCCAGCUUCAUUCCUUUGGUCGUGAGUCUGAGGGACAGUAUUGAGAGCUUGAAGGAGAAGGGUUUUCUAAGCAUCUGACCUGUAAUAUUAUGCAUCACAUAUCACUUAUUUAAUUUCUAAAAUAAAGGCUAUAGUGCCUACUCAUUUUUCAAACUAAAACAUUUGGAUUAUGUGAAAUAACCCAAAUUUCUAAAUAAUCGUGCGUUUAAAUGUACAAUUAC